AUGGAGCCCGGACACACUGGCAGAGCCGAGACAUCAAUGCAGGACUCCUCAGCGCUGUUCGGGAUGGUCAGUCACUGUCAGACCCCCACGUUCACAGACUUCACCGGCCUGACGCUCUCCAUGUACAGCAGCAAGGCAGAAAUCUGUGCGCGGCGAGCUGGGAACGCUGCUUUUGGAUCUCAGAUUUGCCGGAGCCCCCAUCACAACCCGACCCACAUGCACUGCGCCAGUCCGAAGCGACUCGGCGCGUCCGAGGAGCGCCUCGGAUCUCAAGAGAAGGCGCAUCUGACAGCCAAGGCUCCCCGUUCAUGCUUCUCUCUCUCACCGGGCCAAGUGAAUGGCUCCUACUGCUCAGAGAAGGAAGGUGAGGGUGAGCUGGGUGGCAGCGAGGGCAUCCUGAUGCGAUGUGGGCCGAACUUGUCCUUGCCAGUGGGGAGUCAGCCUGGGGGGCUUUACCCCCACAGCCUCCACUGUGACAGACCCACAGCUGACCUUCAUCUGCAGGACGGCCCUCACCAAGAUACCAGAUCCUCCUCUGCCUUCCAGAGGUCCCUGCCUGGGGCCUCACCCAGCCUGGGCUGCGGCAGUGCCAACGGGGCACGGUCCAAUCUCCCUUACCCUAUCAAACAGGAGAACUCCAUGGGCUACAAGAUCUCCAGCGCAUUGCCGGGCGUUCCCAGCCCAUCGCAGGCCGGGUUUCAGAACUCGAGGGCAGGCGUGGGUGUUGGUGUGCGGAGGGGGGAGAUGGUGGAAGUCCCGCAUGUUAGCAGCAGCAGUGGUGGCGUCUGCGCAGUGAGUAACUUAGGCAGCGCUGUGUCAGGGGACGCGGCGCAACCGUUUAAUAAUGAAGAUGUCUCCGCCCCGCUGGCUUUGUCCCCCAACGGCUCCCGUCAUUCAGCGCGGCUGCUCAGCACCAGCAGUCUGAAGAGGCGCUGCUUGUCCUUGGCCUCGCAGUCUGCCUCCGCCACGGGCUCCAGCGGCGCUGCUGCCACACGGUCCCCGUCAGCCACCAGCGCUGCCUCCGAGGGAAUUGAUAUCACCGCCAUCAUCUGCUCCUCCUCCCAGAUGUCGAUGGUUGCCUGUGUCAACGGGUUCCGCACUAACCUCUCACCCAGCCACACCAGCAGCGCCGGCGUCUCCUCCUCUUCCUCCUCCUCCUCUACCUCCCCACCCUCUGCCGCCACCUCGUGCUCGCAGGCAGCCCCCCACAAGCCCCCACCUCUGCCCCCACCUCACGGCAGCCCCCAGCAGGCCACGCUACAGGAGAGCUGUCAGCUGCCCUCACCUGCCGCCUGCCUGCUGUCCCUUUCCUCCUCCUGCUCGUCUUCGUCCUCCUCCUCAGUGUCAUCGGCGGAGCCAGAGCAGGGCCGGGGGCAGAGCCAGGGGCUGUGUGAGGAGCAGGGCUCCAUGCAGCAGGGGCCCGGGGCUGGAGGGGCAGCCAGGGGAGGUGUGGGAGCAGGAGGAGGCUCGGAAGGGUUGGGGCUGCUGAUGAGUGGGGCCCUGAUGUCUGGAGCCCUGCAUUCAGGACCUGGAGCAGGGGCUCUGCUCGAAGGCGGCCAGAGAUCAGGGGCUGCCCUAAAACAGGAGCCCCUGGAUGACUUCACUCCCAGUGAAGACGAGCUCUUUCAGCACCACUAUCAUCAGCACCACCACCUGAGUGGGCGCAGCGGACAUCUCCGUCACCCGCACCACCCAGCCCCCCCUCGGCCUGCCAUGCCUCCACCCUACCACCUGCACCAGUACGUGAGCCCCAGUCCUGGGGGCCUGCUGCACCUCCAGAGCCAGCAAACGGCACCAGCCUCCUCUCUGGGACUUAAACCCUCAUCUGGGGGCCCUGCUGGGUCCCAAAUGGCCCCAGAGCGAGAAGAGAUCGGAGGGGGAGCGCUGGCUGAUAAGCAGGUGUGUCGCUGGAUCGACUGCAGUGCUGCAUACGAGCAGCAGGAGGAGCUUGUGAGGCACAUCGAGAAGGUCCACAUUGACCAGCGCAAGGGUGAGGACUUCACCUGUUUCUGGGCUGGCUGCAUCCGCCGCUACAAGCCCUUCAACGCCCGCUAUAAGCUGCUCAUUCACAUGAGGGUCCACUCUGGAGAGAAACCUAACAAGUGUAUGUUCGAGGGUUGUAACAAGGCGUUUUCGCGUCUGGAGAACCUGAAGAUCCACCUGAGGAGCCACACGGGGGAGAAGCCGUACCUGUGCCAGCACCCUGGCUGCCAGAAAGCUUUCAGCAACUCCAGCGACCGCGCCAAGCAUCAGCGCACUCACCUGGACACGAAACCAUACGCGUGUCAGAUCCCUGGCUGCACCAAGCGCUACACAGACCCCAGCUCCCUACGCAAGCACGUCAAGAUCCACUCGGCCAAAGAGCAACAGGUGCGUAGAAAGCUGAGGCCCUGUCCCCACCUGGAGCAGGACGUCCUAGGUGACUGUCUGUCCGUUCAGCACCUCCAGAGCUCCACUCCCUCCCAACAUCCUCCUGGAUUGGGUCAAGACAUCUUCACAGGCCUGUACGCUGGCUCCAGCACCCCCCAUCACGGUGCCUCGGUGGAGCUCCUCUCCCCCGCCCCCGCUCCCGCUUCAGUCUCCACCACUGACCUGCCGCCCCGGCAACCCCGACUGGACCGGGACCUCAACAGCCCUCAUCACCUGUCCCCGCUGGCUGCCAUGGACGGCACGCGAGACGGGGUGUCUGGUCCCCUUCUGUCUCCAGGGAUGAAGGGAACAGGGACGCCUCCUCCUCCACUGGAGAAACAGCACAUCCACCCUCACCAAAAGUCCUACUCUCACUAUCACCACCAUCAGGCUGCCAACGAUGACUACCAGGGCAGCUUUCAGAGCUGCUUCCAUUUCGGAGACUCCUACAGAAUGGAGCAGACGGUCAGCAGCGUCCACGUCCCAGCAGAUUCUCACGCCUACACUUCCCAUCAGCACAAUGGCUUCCACAUGUCAAGUAGCAACAAUGGCUCUGCAGGCUUCAGCUUGACCCAGGAGCUUCAAGGAGGAGCAGGGUGCCAGUUCUCUUCAAGCCCAGAGGAGAGCAUCUUCUUCCAGGUGGGGAGCUUCGACCGCAGCCUGAGCCACAUGUCGUCUGUCUACACCGAGACGUAGAGCAGCAGACCAGACCAGGGCACAAUUCAA